AUGACUUGGGUGACGGUCAAAGCUAUCAAGACCUCCAAAGAUGAUAUGGCAGGUGUCGGGUUUUCACGCAAGUCGAAAUCAUCACCGUUGAUUCUGGCAAGAGUGGAUAAAAUAGGGUUGUUCGGAAACUCUCCACUGAUACCAGGGCUGAUUGUUCAAAAAAUCAAUGGAAGGGAUAUGACAUGGGUCCACCCGAAAGAUGCUGCCGCAGAAAUAUUGAAAGCUCCUAGAAGUAUUUCGAUUACUGCUGAAGGCUUUGUAGGUAACGUAUGGAAACCGCGGAAGACACCAACUGGUGUGGUUCUGAAGGAUGCUGAAGAUGGCAGUGUAUUCGUUUUUCAGAUGCGACCCGAUAGUAUCUUCCUUGGAUCCGACAUCAAGGUGGGUAUGGAGGUGGUUGCGAUCAACGGUAGCCCGUGUCCCAAGCCAGCAUGGAGAGCCACUCAUGCAUUACAACGGAGUACUGGAAAAGUAAAAGUAGUCGCAAUCAACUGUACACGUCCCGGCAGAAACCUCGACAAAGGGGAAUGGUGGCGAAGUACCAGAAAGGAGCAAGAAUCCCAACACGUUGAAAGCCUUGUUGCCCGUGCACCACCGAUGAUGGAAGACGAGUACACUCCCACUUUCUUCGAAACCUUCUGCGGAAUGUUCCCACAUAGUCAGAGUAUCUUCGGCACCGCAUAUGAUCGUCGCCCUGACUUCUUACGAGGGGUAAGUUUGCCUUCGUUGAUACCAGGCCAAAAGAUGGUUCGGUUCAAUUCGAAAUCAAACACAAUUCGUGCCUAUGACCCAAAUGGACGAACAACAAAGAUGUUUCGUCUUGCACUCCCUGUGAGCUAG